AAAGUUGAAAGUGCACUGGUGGAAAUUUCCCUGAUGACCUUUCUUUUCUCUAAUCCUCUCUCUCUCAAUUUCCAGGCAGAACAAGAGAGUCAAUAUGGGCUACCCCAAGCCCACCGCCCCCCUAAACCACCGAAGGAGUCCUACUUGAGGGAAUUCAUUUUCUCACCACACCCCUUCACUCCCUCCAAUAAAGCCCAUGUGAAAGGCAGCCCCCUGUACACCGACCUGUCAGAUGGCAAGCGCGGCCAACCAUCCUGGACCAUCAAGGAGUAUAAACGCAACUCAGAAGAGAAGGGAAAGCAGCUCACAGCCCUGGACCUGCAGACACAGGAGUCCCUAAACCCCAAUAACCUGGAGUACUGGAUGGAGGAUAUCUACACACCAGGCUUUGACUCACUGCUCAAGAGGAAAGAGGCAGAGUUCAGGAGGGCGAAGGUGUGUAAGAUUGGCGCGCUGAUUGCAGCAGCUACCUGCACUGUGAUCCUGGUCAUCGUUGUUCCGAUUUGCACCAUGAAAACAUGAGAGUACCAGGGCAAAACAUAGGGCAAUACACUUUUACUCCUGUCCUUUUCUGUUUGUGAUCUGGGUAAGUGUGCAGCAGAUUUACUCAAAAACUGAACAUAUUGGGAUUUGACCAUGUCAGUUGGAGGCCUUUUGCCAAUGAUAACAUGAUUUGGGCAGCUAUUGUACAAUAGAAAUGAAUUCAGUAAGUGUAUAAUAUAUACUGUAUGUCUAUUGGUUCAACAGUUGUUUACUGUGUGGAACAGUUUGAAGGUCAUUGAUUUAAUUAUGAAACAUCUGCAGCAGAUGAUCACUGAACUGAAUUGGAUUUGUUAUUGUAGCUAGCGUAUUUUAUUUUUCAUAUAAUAAUGUAUUUUGAUCAAAUUUAUUUUUGAUGAAUUAUCCGGUUGAAUGUGAGAAUUUAUCUUUAUUUUAUUUUGACAUUUGACAUUUCAUAAUGACAUUUGUGCAACACAUUUUUCUAAUUAGAAAUAUAUUGAAGUACUUCAGUUGACAUAUAUAUAUA